CCGCACAUCUUACCCUAAAUUAGGGGCUUUCUUGCGGCACGUAAAUAUCAUUUAAAGAUUAUUACGAAGUAUUAAUGUUCAGUGCCCGUCGGAAGGGAGGGAGGAAGGGAGAUUUCCUUGUUUUUCUCACCUCCAAGUUUGCCGACGUGUUCGUAGAAGAGGCUGAGGCGCUGUAUCAGAUAAGGCGGCGCUCGUACAGACUUGCGGAGCCGUUCUCUCUUCCUUGUAUGGAAGGCAGUGCUUGAACAUCAUCAGCCGAAGGGGGGGGGUGGAGGUACCCAUGCAAACUGAUCCGCCGCUGUCUCAGAUGGGCUUCCCGUUGCAGAGGUUGGAGAGAUAAGGAGAUCAGCCGUCAGAUCUGGACGCCGGGUCCCUCGCAUGGAAACCGGAAAGGCGGCGGCGAAGACGAAAAGCGAACAAUAAAAAGCUCGGCUGAUAUUUGAUUCAAAGUAGCCUCGAUGGCGGCGGAUCAGACGAGCUAGCGGGGACAGCGAAGUGUCGUUACGGGAGGUGGACGCGUUUUUCCUGCCGGGAUCGGGGCGUACUGCGCUCUGCGUGGGAUCCCACCCACAGCCAUGGAUACUUGUAGGAUUUCAGUGGCCGUGCUGCUGCUCCUUGUGGCUCUCAGUCGCCUUUCCUCAGCACAGUUUCCUACACCAGCUAUAAUUAAAGAAUGGGUGGAACAGAUGCAGAAGGAACUGUUCAACCUAGUAGAUACGGCAAGUGGAGUCAAGGAUUAUAUCCAGAUAUACAAGAAUAACAGGAAGCUGUACACUGUGGAAGCAAACUCCGCAAGCCAGCUAGUAGCCGAUGCAGCCCGGGAUAUAGAGAAACUACUGCUUAAGAGAGCCAAGACCCUGGAGGAGCUGGCGACAGCAGCUGAAAACUUCCAGAUGCGGCACCAGUGGAAGAGUGAUCUGGGGGUUGAAGACAUAGCUUAUUACAAUGCAAAGGAUAAUCUGGAAAAUGACACCUACACACCAAAGAACAGGCUGAGGCCGGACUUCAAAGAGGAUUCCUCAUUCAAGCGGCUCAUCUCCUACAAUUUCACAGCCGUCCACAUUCCCACCGACAUCUACGAAGGCUCCACGAUCAUGCUGAAUGAACUGAACUGGACAGAAGCCCUGGAGGAUGUGUUUAAGAAGAACUGGGAGGAAGACCCCACCUUACAGUGGCAGGCCUUCGGCAGUGCCACUGGCCUCACCCGCUAUUACCCAGCCUCUCCGUGGACAGACUCGAGGAAGAAGAUCGACCUGUACGACGUGCGACGACGACCGUGGUACAUCCAGGGGGCUGCAUCUCCAAAGGACAUGGUGAUUCUUGUGGACGCGAGCGGAAGUGUCUCUGGUCUGACCCUGAAACUGAUCCGGACCUCAGUCAACGAGAUGCUGGAGACCCUGUCGGAUGACGAUUAUGUCAACGUGCUCUAUUUCAACACGGGGGUCAAGAAUUCGGCUUGCUUUGAGCACCUGGUGCAGGCGAACAGCCGCAACAAAAAGGUUUUCAAAGACGCUGUGCAGGCCAUUUCAGCCAAAGGCAUUACCAACUACAAAAGGGGCUUGAAGUUUGCCUUUGAGCAGCUUAACAAUAUGAACGUAAGUCGUGCAAACUGCAACAAGAUUAUAAUGCUGUUCACCGAUGCAGGGGAGGAUAGAGCUCAAGAGAUUUUUGAGGAGUACAAUUUCGACAAGAAGGUGCGAGUAUUUACCUUCUCCGUCGGUCAGCACAAUUACGACAAAGGACCGAUCCAGUGGAUGGCCUGCGCCAACAAAGGCUACUAUUAUGAAAUCCCCUCCAUAGGAGCUAUUAGGAUUAACACUCAGGAGUACCUGGACGUGCUGGGGAGGCCCAUGGUGCUGGCCGACAAGCAAGCCAAGCAGGUCCAGUGGACCAACGUCUACCUUGACGCCCUGGAGCUGGGCCUUGUUAUCACAGGAACGCUGCCAGUCUUCAACAAGACAGGCGUAAAGGAUGACAAAGAUGGCACCCCAAGACAGCCCCAAAACCAGCUCAUCCUGGGAGUGAUGGGGGUCGACGUGUCGCUCGAAGACAUCAAGAGGCUGACUCCGCGCUUCACCAUUGGACCCAAUGGAUACUAUUUCGCGAUUGAUCCGAACGGCUACGUUUUGCUCCAUCCCAACCUUCAACCAAAGAGUCCCAAAUUCCAGGAGCCGGUUACGUUGGAUUUUCUUGAUGCCGAAUUUGAGAAUGACAUCAAAGUGGAGAUCAGAAGGAUGAUGAUUGAUGGAGAAACGGGAGAAAAUACCGUGGAUACCUUAGUGAAGUCUCAAGAUGAGAGGUACAUUGACAGAGGAACCAGGAUCUACACGUGGGCUCCGGUUAAUGGCACUGACUACAGCUUGGCGGUGGUGAUGCCUGAGUACAGCAAGUACUACGUUCAAGCAAAAAUGGGAGAUACAAUUAUGCAAGCACAAUUUUCUGAGACCAUGCAGCAGGAGAACUUUGAAGAAUACGGCUACACAUUCAUAGCUCCGAGAGAGUACUGCAAGGACCUGAAGUUGUCAGAAAACAACACCCAGUUUCUUUUGGACUUCAACGAGUACAUAGACAGGAAGACGCCCAACAAUCCGACAUGCAAGACUGCCCUGGUCAAUAGGCUGCUCCUGGAUGCUGGGUUAACAAGUGAGCUGGUGAAGGUCUGGAAGAUGCAACCAGUAGAUGGUGUCCUCGCCAGAUUUGUUGCUACCGAUGGAGGAAUCACGCGGCUUUACCCAAAGAGCUCUGGGGAUAUCUGGACAGAGAACACAGAGAUGUAUGAGUCGAGCUUCUACAAGCGGAGUCUGGAUAAUGACGGUUUCAUCUUCACAGCACCGUAUUUCAACAGAAGCGUGGACGUCUUUGAAUCGGGCAUCCUGGUCAGCAAAGCUGUGGAGGUGAACAUAGGAGGGAUCAAGAUGAAACCAGCUGUUGUUGGCGUGAAGCUCAACGUCACGGCCUGGAUGAUGAUCUUCAUGAAUGCUACAAUGAAGAUUAAUUGCAAGGAUGAGAUCUGCGGUUGUGUGAAGAAUGAUAAGCAUGUUGACUGUGUCAUUCUGGAUGAUGGGGGCUUCUUGAUGAUGUCCAAUCAGGAUGAGUAUAUCUCUCAGAUCGGACGCUUUUUCGGCGAGAUCGAUCCCAUCCUCAUGAUCAACCUGGUGAACAAUUCUUUGUACACCUUCAACAAGACCUACGACUACCAGUCUGUAUGCACCCCAGGUCGGACUGGCAAGAGGGGGGCAGGCCGACGUGUGUUCGUGCCCACCAUAGCGGAAAUACUGAACCUGGGCUGGUGGGCUAGUACGACUGCUUGGUCACUAUUGCAGCAGUUCCUCGUCGGUCUGGCGUUUCCAGAGACUCUGGUUGCAGCUGACAUGGAUGAUGAGGAGCCUGUCAUCUUGGAGAGCUGCAUCAUGGAGCAGACUCAGUACUACUUUGAGAAGGAUGAUAAGACCUUGCCUGGAGUGCUUGACUGCGGAAACUGUUCCAGGAUGUACUAUGCUGAAAAGUUGGAGAACACAAAUUUAGUAUUCAUCAUCACCGAUGCCAAGGGGACCUGCUUGUCAUGUGACCCGAGACCUCUGAUACAAUCAGAGCAGCUGUCCAAAGGCCCAAACCCUUGCGAACUUGCCAAGAAUCCUAGAUACAGAAAAGGCCCGGACGUCUGUUUCGAUAACGACAUCAAUGAGGACGACUCCGACUGUGGGAGCGGCUCCAGGCUAACCCCGUCACUUUGGCUUGUGAUGGGACUCCAGCUGGUCCUGCUCUGGAUCCUGACUGGAUCUAGACACUACCCAUCAUGACCCCGGAGCCUCAGGCUGAGGUCCGCAGAGUUGUGUGUAUUUCAAACCCUGCCAAAACUUUUCUUUCUGAGGUUCCGCGUCGAUGUGGGUUAGAAAGGAGGACAUAAAAAAAAAAGAUGACACCCAGGAAUUCAGUGACUGUGCUCCUAGUCUUUCUACAGACUAGGUUGGCUAUUGGGGGCGGGGUACUUCGAGGCCGAGAGUCCCCACCAAGGAGUGGACCGCCUUAUCCCAUAGGAGGAGGAUGAGAAGUGAAGCUGCCUCAUUUGCAUCUUAGAGUUUUUGGUGUGUUUCUUUUUUUAAAAAAAUCUAAUACUAUAAAACUGCCAGACAUUUCCAGUAGAAAGAUGUUAUCCCCAUAGACAUUGUACCGUGAUAUGGUUUCCAAAUCUUUUUCAUUUUUUUUUUUAUUUUUUUUUUUGCGUGUUGAGCUUAGAUUGGCUUAACUCAAUAUUGAGUGAUUUAGGGCUGACUGACUAAACCUGGGAAAAAAAGAUCAGGUGCUGGUGAGACAUUUAGAAGAGUCACACUGACCUUGAUCAAAAAGUGACAUCCCUCAUCAAAAACAAGAUUAUCGUGUAAUUAUGGAUCAAUUGUCAUUCAUAAGAUGUGAGCUGCAGUCUAUGGCCGGCUAUCCUUUGUAACUGUGACCACUGUCACUUUGGCGGUAAGAAGCUGUGUGUUUUUACACUUCUGGUUCCCGUCCUGAGCUGUAGCUGUGGACCAUACCUCCGGAGAUCAAGGCCUUUUCAGAGCACCAAACCUAAUCUCUGAUUCAUGUUGAUACAAUCACAGUGAAAAAGAUCACAAUUUCAUUGGUGUGCAAUCAAUAUAAAUAUUCAAAGGCAGCCAAACACAUUACUUAUAUUUAAUUGUUCAGUUGAUAACAGCUAUUUCAGUUGUUGAUGAAAAUAAUUUUUGUAUAUUUUUUUUUCUUGUAUGAAAGGGAUUUCCGCAUGCAAAUGUUUGCCUGUUUAGUUUUUUUAUUGUAACUGUGAGUGCAAUAAAAUGGUAUACUGUAUAGAAACCUGAGUUAAAGGGAAUUGUUUUCUGCAUAAUUAUUUUAUGCAGGUACUUGCUAAUGUUAUUUAAAAAAUGGAUUAUUUGAGUUUUCUUGUAAGGCGCUAUGUCACUUGAGCAAGGCAUGCCUUACAUAAUUAAAAGCUGUGAAACCUAUCAUGCAGAAACCGAUGUUACAAAAGUUAUCAGCCCCAGACAUUCAAAAUUAAUUCUAUUGUUCAUCUUAAUGUUACUUCUAGAAAUAAGAUUUCUCACCUCCUUGACAUCUUCUGUCUGAUUUCUUCCAUUAUUUUUAAGGCUUUCCACACCUUUCUGUAAGAAAUGCAUUGGCCCAUGGGGAGUUAGUCUCAAUGCAGUGUUCUGAGUGUGGAAUCACUCAUGUUGAUUUGUCCUUCACCAUAUAAUGACUGAUUUAUCCAGUGUAAUUACCAUUUUUGUUUUUGCUCAAGUAAGAUCUGUGUCCCUGCAUACAAAUCUCAGACAUUUCCAGAAUUACAAUUAGGACCAGAUUUAUGUAUCCUAGGGUUUCUGAGCAAUCAUUUUGGUGCCUCUUUGAGCAACUUGAUUAGGUGGAUUUUUUUCCAGAUUGGAAAGGCCUGCCUCCUCCUCAUCUUUGUUACAAAACCCUGUCAGACUUUGAUGCCAUUGGGGUUAAAGGCACACCUUCACACAGUCGUUGCUACCUGGUUUUUCUUUUUUUUUUGAGAAAAAAAACCCACUUUAAAGACCAUGUGAAUAUUAGGUGAUUCCUUAUGUCUGUCAUGCGGGUAUUUACAUUUUAAGGGUUAAAACUGCUAGCCUUCACAUUUGUUUGAAUGGUUUAACUGUUGGGGAAUGAAUGACAAGGACUGGCCAGGCAAGGCACGGUGACUGACUCAAGUGACCACUGGGGUCGGCAGCUUUCAACAAGUCUGGAGGUAUUUAUGAAUAGGUCAUGCAUAAGCUCUGGUGAAUGUGGAAGAAUAGUCACAAAAAACCCACACAGAUAGCCCCCCAGGCAACUGCAAAAACAUUCAUUCUCUUUUAUGAAACCACAUAAUUGCAGGGUGAAUUUGCGAGCCCUUGUUGCCCAUACAGCACACAUCUCCCUUUUAAUCCGCUUCUAUAACAAUUGCAGAAAGGAAAACGAGCGCUCACUUCAUCCACUCAUCCCCUGCAAGGGGUUACUGUGGCCUUGCUGCGGCUCAUAGUCCUGCCCAACUCUGAAAAUCAUUUACACGACUGGAGCCAAAACAACCCUCACAAUAACAUCUGCACAUUUAGUAUCAUUUAGAAAAUGCUGUUGUGUAUCGUUCAGUUUUUUUUUUUUUGUUUUGUUUCACAAUUUAAACACAUAAACACACUAUAAAAAGAUGGCUACUUCUGUGCUUCUCUAGAAAUGAGGAUGAUUAUAUGUGCCACACAAUAAUCCCACAAGAACACCAGACAUAUGGCAGGCCUUAUGGUGGGGAUGUCCUGUGACAUGAGGGCAAUUUCUGACCAAGCUGUAACAUAACUGCAUGAUGUGACUGACAACAAGCCCUGUACAUGUACUCCUGCGUCGGUGUUUCGAUUAACGUAAGUAUAACACACUGAAUAUCGUUAUGAAGCCUGUGUGCUUUCCUCUCUCUAUAUGCAUCAGCUCUACUGCCGAUCUCCUGAAAUGGACAGCAUUCAUGUUUCUUUAGCUGUGUGAAGUGGGGCCAAGUUACUUUGCCUCUUAAAUAAGCUGACAAAGAUAAAGAAAAGAAAAUUUGGAGAAGUGGGUAGAAGGUCUAGAAUAACAAAGUCAUUAAAUCGAAAGUCACUAAAGACCUACCAUGCAGAAUUAUUACUAUUAUUAUUAACUACUGUCAGUACUAAAAUCAGAUGCUGUCCAUUCAGGAUCAAAUGUAGUGAUGCAAGUGAAAAUGUUCUCAAUGAUGUUGAUGCUCUUCGUGUGGAAUGUCAGGGUCGUGCUUUUUUUCCAGACUGUUCUAUUGAGAUGCUCGGUGUGUGUUUUGACCGCCCCCCCCCCCUCCCCCCAGCCACUGACUGGACACCUCAUCCUCCCCUAACUGUGCUUUAAUACAUAACACUUUUGUGGAACUUGACUAGCCUGAAUCAAUUUUGUAUAAAUUUGUACAAAAAAAACAAUUAAACGAAUGAGAAGAUAAUAAUGUUUAUAAUCCUAGAGGUGUGUCAGUUCUUGUGCAAACGGCAUAUUCAGAAUAAAAGUUUUAUCAGUAA